AGCGACGUUUUCGUGCACUGGAGAUCCUAUUGAGCUACCACGACACAACAUUGUUUCCCUAUCGGUAUGCCAUAUUAAACUCGAUACCGCUCUAUGUUCAACCAUCCGAAUAUCAUGACCUCCUACCGGCAAAUGACUAUGACACAAACGUAGAGGUCAAACGUUCCCCUAAGACUUGGAGAGACAAAAUAGAUUGGGUCGAGCAAACGGAUGUCCUCAAUGCACUCAAGACCUCCAUGACGCCAGAAGAGUCAACGUGGCUCGACGAGCCGGAUGCAGUCGAUGAUGAUGAAUUCCCACGCGAGCGCCGUGAUAAUCUUCUGACUGCUGAACAACUUACGGCCUGGUAUACAACAAGGGCCGAAGCCAUUGACUCUCAAUCGGGUCUAAUGGAUAACGCUCUAGCCCUACUUCAGCACGGCGCUUCUCAGGGCGUCCCACGUCUGGACGAAUUAGGAGAGGACCUGCUUUUACUUGAUCGUUUGAUUUACGAAGCACCAGCCCCAUCUGAACCCUCCCAGCAAACCGACUGGACUCUUUACCGAUGGAAAGCAAUGGAACCUCCAGAUAUUAUCAAGGCGUACCUGGCAUUCUCAACUGCCGACUCCAUUACAACUGAUAUCCGUCGACUGGUCUUACCCUAUCUUUCUGUGCUCGAGGCUCAGAAUGAACGUGCCAAGCGUGCAGACUCUCAACUACCGAAUCGGCUCCUAUAUCAAUAUAUCCUCCAAGCUCCUCUCGACCUCGUCGUUUCGAUAUUUGAAAGCUCCAGACCGGAUGUUCCACGUUCCAAUCGAAUCAUACGUGAUGAUGAGGAUGUGGCUCGAGUUGCCCUCGCAUACCUAUAUGGCCUCACCGAUGUCAGGGAAUGGUCCUUGAUGAGUCGCAUUUUUGAAUGUCAGCCAGACUGGGGUGAAGAUCGUGAUGAAGAUGACGAAGCAUAUGCGACGUUGUCAUCUCUAUCAGCCUUCGUGACACCAUCUGCAUCACGUCCAAGAGCAACAUCUGAAGAACUCUUUGUAUUUUUAGAGCCACUUCCAUCAUCUGCACUAUCACGACUCUUGGAUGUUCUUGAUGCUCACCUAGAAGGUGGUGAAAUCCUUGCAAAAUGGAGGGCCGCGGCGCCUCUCCAGUGGUUCUUGUUGAGUGCAGAAGACCAAACCCAGCAACGAGCAAGAGCUGUCAUGAUGUCUCGACGAACCGAACGAAAUACCGAUCUCCUAGAAAACGAAAGUCAUUGGAGAGCCUUGAUUGACGAUAUGUUAAAACUAACGUCGACGGGGAGUGAAGGAAUCAAGUCGGCUUUUGCCUUGCUCAGUAAAGAGGAGAUUGCAAAGAUAUUCUUCUCGGGGAUCUUGAGCUCAGGAGUUCAAUACCUAACUGGUCCAGUGGUCGAAGAAAUCUGUCUUAAUGUUUCCAGAGAGUUAUACGACAAUGCGCCUUCUGGAAAUAUACAUCGUGAAGAGAUGAGAAUGGCAUACGAGUGCCUUUCUGUGGCGGCACCUACGCCUCGUAUCCAGCAGGAACGCGAGUUUAUCGAAGCCACUUCCAAAAUUUCCUCCUUCAGCGUCUACAUACGACCAGGAAUACUUAUCACACCAUUGGAAAUUCGCUUGACCAAGAAUCGUUUGGACCUCAUUGCACGGGUCCUUUCCAGUACGGAUGAUGCCUACAAGCACUCCAACGUUAUCAUGGAAUUGGCAGAAAAACUAGGCUACCGAAAUGAUAUCGCUGCACAAGUCAAAAUUCUGUCUAUGCUUGUUGAAGUCGCACUACAGCACGAGGACUUUGUCAAAGCAGACCUGACUUGUCAACAGAUGGUCGAGAGUGCUCGGACUCUCCGUGCUCAGCAAACUGUAGGAUCCACCGAAAUCUCUACAAAGGAAGAGGCUCUAGAGGUAGCAUGGCGGUCAUGCUACCAGUUGGGUAAACAAACCGAAUUCCCAGACACAGUCGCCAAGCUACGGCUACUCGGGUUCGCUCUCGAGCUCUGUCCAUCAACAAAUACCCUCGACAUACUAUCGGCAUGGCGAAGAGUCGAGACAGAAGACAUUGAAGCCAGAAAGGAGCGCGUAGCGGCCCGAAAGGCAGCUCGUAUGUCGGGUGUCAGCCAACAACGACGACAACAAUUGGGCUCAAAAGCUUCGGUGGCUGCUGCCGCUGCCGCUGGAACUUUAUUGAGCAGCUUGAAAGGCCUAUCGCAAGGGCAAGAUGCUGCAGCGCAAGUAUUGAAUCGUGUAACAGCCAACUUCCCCUUCUCCUUUGGAGGCAGUCUUGGAGCCGGAGAGGCGAGAAGUAGUAGUAGAGAAGGCAGACGUAGCGAAGAAAGUGAGCGAGGAGACCGUGAUUUCGGACAAUUGUUUUCCUUUGGCGAUGGCUCUCCUGGUUACAGGAAGAGAGAUCAAGUAGCUGCUGGUGCCCGUCAGGCUCUCACAAAAGGCAUGGGAUGGUUAUUGGGAGGGGAUGAAGAAGAAGAAAAUUAG